AUGACAAAGCCGAACGCGCACUUGGACAAGGGGGAGGCACCUGCAGAUCUUGAUGUUAUUGCGUUGGACAAAGCGGAGCUUGGCGGCGCCGCGCAAGUCAAGGACGCCAAGGCCGUAACCUUGGACACGGGCGCCGCCUCGGACGCGAGCGGGAGCGGCACCAGCAAACCCCCACCCCCGCCGCAGCCGGCGGCGCUGCGCGUGCUGAGGACCGUCGGGCGCGUCGCGGCGGAGCAGUGGUUCCUCAUAGGUCUCGGCGUCGCCAUCGGGCUCGCGGCGGCGGUGCCCAACCUGGGGCGCAGCGGCGGAUGGAUAGCGGCAGAGUACUCCAUCAAAAUCCCUGCCACAGUCCUGAUCUUCAUCAUCUCGGGCAUCGGCCUGAAGACCAAGGCGCUCCUCGGCGCCGUGGCCGACGCCUGGGUGCACGUCCGCGUGCAGGCCAUCUCCCUGGUCGUCCUGCCCGCCGUCGGCUACGGCAUCGCGGUCGGCCUGCGGGCGGGGGGCUUCAACCGAUACCUCGCAGACGGCUUCAUCGUGAUGGCGGCCAUGCCCACCACGGUCAGCACAAACGUGGUGUUCACGCAGCGCGCGGGCGGCAACGAGCCGGCGGCGCUCGUCAACGCGGUGAUAGGCAACAUCAUCGGAAUCUUCAUCACUCCCCUGUGGCUCACGCUGUUCUUGAAUGUGAAGGGCCAGGCCCCUUACGCCAAGGUCCUGAUUGAGCUGUCAUACACAGUCAUCGCGCCCCUCAUCCUCGGCCAAAUCCUGCAAUACGUGUUCCCCAGGGCGGUGGCGUGGAUCAAGGCGAAGAUCAACACCGCCGACGUCAGCUCCCUCUGCAUCCUGCUUCUCGUCUGGUCCACUUUCUGCAGCACCUUCGCCGACCCCAAGUCCAAGGCCGGCGCCCGCGACGCGUUCAGCAUCGUCGGCCUCGACAUCGCGUUCUUCGCCACCGCCUGCGUCGUGUCCUACCUCAUCGCGUGGCCGCCGGUCGGCGCGCGCGGGCGGCGGCUGCUGCGGUCGAACAAGGCCGACGCGGUCGCCAUCAUCAUCUGCGGGUCGACCAAGACCGUCGCGCUCGGCGUCCCGCUAAUUACCGUGCUGUACGGCCGCACCGACUUCGCCGGCCUGCUGGCGACGCCGCUGAUCAUAUACCACGCGCUGCAGAUCCUGCUGGGCGGCGCGACGCUGACGCCGCUGCGGCGGUGGCGUCAACUGAGCGCGAAGGCGAGGUGA